AUGGCAGUAGAUCAAGGACUUAGAAGAAGAAGAAGCGAAGAUGGAGGACGAGGAGGAGAUAUACGACGGAAUCAGAGCCCAUUUCCCUAUCACAUUCGGCAAGCAAUCGAAGCCCCAAACCUCUCUCGAAGUCAUUCACAGUGCCACUCGUCGCACCACCACCACCACGAACCUUCCAGAAAACCCAAAACCCUCGUCCUCCAUCGCCAACAAGCCCACCACCGACAUCCCUUCUGUCUCCUCCUCCUCCCGGGCUUGGCUCACCUCUCUCCGCAAUCUCAAGCCCACAAACCCUAACCCUAAUUCUUCUGCCAACGGUGGGCCCGAGACCGAUGAAGCUAAGUUGAUUGGUCCGCCUCCGUCGGCCCAAUUACGAUCCGACGAUGAGGAGGGGAGGCCGCCGGCGGGCCAGUUGGGCUCUGAGGACGAGGAGGAAGAGAUGAUUGGGCCGCCAAGGCCGCCGCCUGGGCCGAAUGUGGGCGAGUCUGGUUCGGACGAUGAGGAUGACGAUGACGAGGAAGAGGAGGACAAGAAUCGGUACCGGAUUCCGCAUAGUAAUGAAAUUGUGCUCAAGGGGCACACCAAGGUUGUUGCAGCUCUUGCUGUUGAUCCCUCUGGGUCUAGAGUUCUUUCUGGUAGUUAUGACUAUACAGUACGUAUGUAUGACUUUCAAGGGAUGAAUUCUCGUUUGGCAUCAUUUAGACAGUUGGAACCAUCUGAAGGUCAUCAAGUUCGUAACAUUAGCUGGAGUCCAACAGCAGACCGUUUCUUGUGUGUGACUGGCUCAGCUCAAGCUAAGAUUUAUGACCGUGAUGGACUUACUCUAGGUGAAUUCAUUAAGGGUGAUAUGUAUAUUCGUGAUCUGAAGAACACCAAGGGCCACAUAUCUGGAUUGACUUGUGGAGAGUGGCACCCUAAAAAUAAGGAGACAAUUUUAACAUCGUCAGAGGAUGGAUCACUGCGCAUAUGGGAUGUAAAUGACUUCAAAAGUCAGAAGCAGGUCAUAAAACCAAAGCUUGCGAGACCUGGAAGGGUUCCAGUCACCACGUGCACUUGGGAUCGUGAAGGGAAAUGCAUUGCUGGUGGCAUAGCAGAUGGUUCUAUACAGAUAUGGAACCUUAAGCCUGGAUGGGGAAGCAGGCCAGACAUAUAUGUUGAAAAAAGUCAUUCAGAUGAUAUUACUUGUCUUAAGUUCUCUAGCGAUGGGCGAAUUUUAUUGUCAAGAAGCUCUGACGAUUCACUAAAGGUUUGGGAUUUGCGCCAAAUGAAAGAGCCGCUUAAGGUGUUUGCGGAUCUUCCAAACCACUAUGCCCAAACGAAUAUUGCUUUCAGUCCAGAUGAGCAACUAUUCUUAACUGGAACAUCUGUUGAAAGGGAGAGCACAACCGGAGGUUUGCUAUGCUUUUUUGAUCGAGCCAAGCUUGAACUUGUUUCAAGAGUUGGGAUAUCCCCUACUUGUAGUGUUGUGCAGUGUGCUUGGCACCCAAAGCUUAACCAGAUCUUUGCAACAUCUGGGGACAAAAGCCAAGGAGGCACUCACAUAUUAUAUGAUCCAACCCUCAGCGAGAGAGGCGCUCUCGUCUGUGUUGCACGUGCUCCAAGAAAAAAAUCUGUUGAUGAUUUUGAGGCAAAACCUGUGAUUCACAACCCUCAUGCUCUACCUCUAUUUAGAGAUCAACCAAGUCGAAAGCGUCAAAGAGAGAAAGAAUUGAAGGAUCCAAUGAAGUCCCACAAGCCUGAACUCCCCAUGACAGGACCAGGCUUUGGUGGAAGAGUUGGUACAAGUGCAGGCAGCUUAUUGACCCAAUAUCUUCUUAAGCAAGGGGGUAUGAUCAAGGAGACAUGGAUGGAGGAAGAUCCAAGAGAAGCUAUACUAAAGUAUGCUGAUGCCGCCGCAAAAGAUCCGAAGUACAUUGCCCCGGCAUAUGCACAAACCCAGCCUGAAACUGUCUUUGCAAAAUCAGACUCUGAGGAUGAAGAGAAAUGAUAUGAUUCUGGUUCUGGUUCUUGAUAGCUGCCAUUAGUAGGGGAAAACUUCUGCUUAAAUAUAACAAAGAAAAUUAAGACCAGUUGAAGUGGAAAAUGUUUAGUACCUUAGCCAUAUAAUUUUUCCAACCUUCCCACCCCUUUCCUUUUCUUUGAAAUAUUGUCGCAGCCAUAGAAGGUGUUUGAACUGAGCUGUGUCCCUACCCUUCCGACCUUAAUGGCUAUGAAAUCAAAUUCCUGACAGGAUUACCCCUGUAAGACUUGACUUCGUUAGUGUCUGAUCAAAUUAGAAUUACAAUUUUGCUAUUGCCUUCUCGAAGAAUCAAGAUAAUAUUGUAGCCUUGUACAAGUAUUUGUAUAGUAAGUACUCUAAUUUCAUUUU